GCUGCCGCUGCCGCUGCGCCCGGGCUGUCUGCACGCAGGGCCGCGCCGCGCCGCGCCGGGACCAUGCCGCCCGUCAGAGUCUGCAUCAUCGGCUCCGGGAACUGGGGAUCUGCCAUUGCAAAAAUUAUAGGCAAAAAUGUCCAGCGGUCCAACCGAUUUGAUCCUAUUGUGAAGAUGUGGGUCUUUGAAGAGAUCAUAAAUGGAAAGAAACUCACCGAAAUCAUAAACAAAGACCAUGAAAAUGUGAAAUACCUCCCAGGACACAAGUUACCUCAUAAUGUGGUAGCUGUACCAGACACAGUAGAAGCAGCAACUGGGGCGGAUAUUCUGAUAUUUGUUUUACCCCACCAGUUCAUUUCACGAAUUUGUGACCAGAUUGUGGCUCACAUAAAACCAGGAGCAUUUGGAAUUUCCUUGAUCAAGGGGGUGGAUGAGGGCCCUGAAGGCCUGAAGCUGAUAUCUGACAUCAUUCGAGAGAAGCUGAAAAUAGAAGUCAGCGUGCUCAUGGGGGCCAACAUAGCCAGUGAAGUGGCUGAUGAAAAGUUCUGUGAAACCACCAUCGGGUGCAAAAAUGAAAAGCACGGACAGAUCUUUAAAGAAUUAAUGCAAACCCCAAAUUUCAGGAUUGCCGUGGUGGAUGACUGUGAUACAGUGGAGAUCUGUGGAGCCUUAAAAAACAUAGUAGCUGUAGGAGCCGGGUUCUGCGAUGGAUUGAAUUUUGGCGAUAAUACCAAGGCAGCAGUGAUUCGUCUGGGCCUAAUGGAAAUGGUAGCUUUUGCAAAGCUGUUCUGCAGGGGCUCUGUGUCAAUAGCUACUUUUCUGGAGAGCUGUGGGGUUGCUGAUCUAAUCACGACAUGCUACGGGGGACGCAACAGGAAAGUAGCAGAAGCCUUUGUACGCACUGGAAAAUCUAUCGAGGAGUUGGAAAAGGAGAUGCUGAAUGGACAAAAACUACAAGGUCCUCAGACUUCAGCUGAAGUGUACAAGGUUCUGAAACAGAAAAACAUGGUUGAUAAGUUUCCAUUGUUUGCAAGUGUCUAUCAGACCUGCUAUGAGGGUAGGUUGGUCCAGGAAUUCAUCUCGUGUCUGCAGAAUCACCCAGAACACAUGUAAAGGAUUUGUGUAUUGUUCAUCUGGUUGUGUAUUCGUCUUUUCAGGGUUUCUCUCACUCAGCAGUAAAUAAAGCAGCCAAGUAAGUCAUUUGGAGACGUUUGUGCACAAAGCAACCUCUUCUCUCUUUCGGAGUGAAAUAUAUGGGUUGAUUUUUUUUUAAAUGUUAUCUCCAAGGAAGCAGGAGACUAACAGUAGAAUUUACUAAUCUUAAGUGUUUGACUUGGGUUGGAUUUUUCUGAAUUAUUCCUAGAAUUCCUCCUUAUUAACUGAAAAGUAGGUCCAUGCUCAUCUGCCACACCCAAGUUGAGUCUAGUUCUCAUGCAUCUCAUCACUUUGUCCACUACCAUUUCAGAUAUCAAGACAGUUGGAAAUGCAGGUGGUUUGAAGAAAAACACUCAGAAAAUGAAUCAAGAUUAACUAACUUUUUUUUUUAAUGACUACCUCUUAAGGCUGUUAAAUGAGUAAGCAUUGGACUUUCUCCCCAGAAAAAGCCCUGCGUUUCAGAUGCAGCGUGUUCAGAGGAUUCCUGACUUUAGUUUCCUAAUAUAAAGCUCCAAAACUGUUGUUAAAAUACUGUUAAUAUAAACAGACUGUUCACUAGAUAAGUAAACAAAGCAAUUUAAAUAAUGAAGGUAAGAGUACCUCCGAAGCUUUGAAGUCUCUAGUGAGGGAUUCUCAUUAAUUCCUUUGCUUGCAGCACAAAGAUUUUUGGAAGCACCAAAUGACUCUACAAAAUGCAUCUGUGUUAAGCUUCAAGAGUUUUUGACAAUUAGGAAGCUAGGAACUAAGCUUAGUUAAGACAGUAAAAAGUUGAGAGAUUAUUGGGGUGCAUGCCCUGAUGUACCCUGGCUCCAAUAACACUGAUUGGCCAAAUAGGUUAAAUCCUCUGAUACUUGAUAACUGUAAACACAUGGACUAACCGCUACAGACGCACAAACAAUGCCUAUAGGAUUACACUGGUGCCGGACCAUGCUGCAUUUCAACCCUGGACAAGUUUCUUCUAUAGGCCAGUCCAAUCCCACACUUCACCCAGAGCAACCUACAAUAGCAGGGUCUCCUAGAGAUAAUGCUAGCCAUUGUCAUCACACACGCUGCAAUCCUGAAGAGUAAAAUAUCUAUAUUCGCUUCUGAAGCUUAGACAUGUGUAAAAAAUAUUUUCAUGGUGGUGAUGGCAGGCAGGUUUCAAAGUUAUCCAUUCAGUUUGUAAGCGCUGGUUUAUUAGUGUAUGUGGCUAACUUCGCUAAUUUGAGGUUUCUCAGGUUUCCAAGUGAUCUCUGAAGUGAAUGGGGGCAUGCUUUUGUAUUCUCUAACCUCUCUGGCAGGUGUAUUUUGAGAGAGCAUAAUUUUGUUUUGCAACACAAUGCUUGUGCCCAAUUUUCAAAAUGCCAUGUUGGAAGUAUGACAUUUUGGUACAUUGACAGAUGUAUUGUUCUGAAAGCUCGCAGAAUUUUUCAUAUUUGAGAGAUUCUCCUUUGCAUUUUACUACAACAGUUACACCUUUGGCAUUCAUGAGCUAAGCAAGGAAUCAGAAUCUCAAGGCCACGGACAAGCAAAUGGGUUAAAAAUUGUGGGCAUACAAACUGUCCCAGUUUGAAAAAGCUGUAGAGGUGUAAUACAGCCCCCAAAACAGUUUAACUCCUGCUCUAGCAGUGUCAAAAUUUACCCCUGGAUGAACCAGGGCUCAUUUUCACACCCUUAAAGCUCCUGUCACAUAGGCCUGAAGAGUCUGCUCAGUCAUAUGCAGCUGCUGCCAUGGUGCACUUUGCUUCAGGUUUAGAUAUCAAGCUUUGCCUCUCCAGCAAUGUGUUUAUAGCUACUACCGUAAAGCUGGCCAGGAGAACCACAGUAUAUCUCCAUUGCAGUCUGCCAAGAAGCACAGUCAAUUAGCCUGCACAAAGCUCCUUUCUGCCAGAACUAGGCAGCUUCUAAGACCUUUUAAAAGCCAGCUCAGGUGUCUCUACAUUACACUGCAAUGUAGGCAUAUCUUCAUGUCAGUGGGAACUGUGUGAAAAGAGAAACAAAACCAAAAAGCCUCUCUUCUGUAGCUUUGAAAAAACAUGAUCAGUUUUUAAUCUUUUUCAGAAAAAUUUGUUAGAUCAUUUUAAAAAGGGGAAACUGCAAAGUGCAAUCAUGGGAUUUGUAUCUUGGGUACUUCUUUGUACUCCUUAAACCAAACUCCAAUGAAGUUAUUUAAGAUUAAUAUUUUACAGCAAUUUAAAGUUUAAACAAUGUAUCUCAAAUAUGACUUUAAUAUAUAAGCAACUAAAUAUGCUAAAUUUAUAAACUGCUGGUGUAAUUUCAUUUUUUGGGGGGAAAAGACCCUCUUAAAAAUAAAUGACAAUUGUAAUACCUAAUAAACUACUCUCUCCUGGACUGUG